GCCGGCUGCGGCAGCGGCGGGGGUUGGAACUGUGGUGCGGGUGGCGGCCCUCGCCGGGCGCCCCCGGGGACCUGAGGCGCGACAAACAGCGCACUUGGAUCGCGCCAGAGGAGCUCCCGCCUCAAGCCGGCAGCGCCUGGUUCCUGAGGAAGAAAGCAAGGCCGCGCGGCCGCUUAGGCUGAGCCGGAACCCACCGGUUGCUCGGCGCUGCCUCCCGCAGCCUUCAGCGCACAGCCCUCUUUAUAGCCUGGAAAAAAUGACAGAUCUCGUAGCAGUCUGGGAGGUUGCUUUAAGUGAUGGAGUCCACAAGAUUGAAUUUGAACAUGGAACUACAUCUGGCAAACGGGUGGUGUAUGUAGAUGGGAAGGAAGAGAUAAGAAAAGAAUGGAUGUUCAAAUUAGUGGGCAAAGAAACCUUCUGUGUUGGAGCUGCCAAGACAAAAGCAACCAUAAAUAUAGAUGCUAUCAGUGGUUUUGCUUAUGAAUAUACUCUGGAAAUUAAUGGGAAAAGUCUCAAGAAGUACAUGGAGAACAGAUCAAAAACUACCAAUACAUGGGUAUUACGCUUGGAUGGUGAGGACUUGAGAGUUGUUUUAGAAAAAGACACCAUGGAUGUGUGGUGCAAUGGUAAAAAGAUGGAGACGGCGGGUGAGUUUGUAGAUGACGGGACUGAAACACACUUCAGCGUUGGGAGCCACAACUGCUACAUAAAGGCCGUCAGUAGCGGGAAACGGAAAGAAGGGAUUAUUCACACGCUCAUUGUGGAUAACAGAGAAAUCCCAGAGAUGCUCGAAUGACUUUGUAUUAACGAAUUUUUAUUUUAAGACAUAAUGAUCAGGACUUUUUAAUUACUGUGGUAAUUUAAUGUGUUCAAUAUGUACUUAUCACUACAUUUAGUAUGCAAUGUUUAUGUUUUUUAGUUACUUGAAACCAUAAUAUUUCAAGAGUCAGGAAAAAAACUAAUUAUGUGCAGUCAUAAAAAUUAUGAUUUUUUUUGUAAAUAAUGCAAACUGUUUUAAAACUGAAUAGAAGAUAAGAUAUGGACCAAAAUCACCAAUGUUUUACAAUAGCCACUGUAUUACAAUAAACACU